UCUUCAAGCUGCUGUUGCAACCUUGCAAUCAGAAGAAUCGGAAGGAAAUUGGAAAGGUUGAGCUUACUGUGAGCACAUCUCUAUAAGCUUUCGCGCAAUGAGUCAAAAACCUCGAGCGGAGCUCGCUGUCGAUUUUAAAUUCUAAAUGCAAUAAAGAACUAGAGGAGAACUCAGAACACCAUGCCUUCGAUUUCAAUAGUAUAUUCUUCGAGCUCCUGUCGUCUAAGAAACUGCGUCGUGUCAGUUCCUGCCGACCAGUCAUGUGCCCCUCCGUUGAAGUCAAGCUUGUUUUGCUCCAGAUUUCUGCGAAAAUCGGGCCUCGCGCUGUCCAUCAAAAGAACUCGAAGGUCCCGAACUGAAGCCCUCAACGCUUCCCCUGCGAGUCGUGUCAUGGCCGCUUCCCAUUCUUUUGACAUUGUCAUCGUCGGGGCAGGCAUAAUCGGUUUGACGAUUGCCAGACAGUUUCUGAUGAAGUCGGAUCUUUCAGUUGCUGUGGUCGACAAGGCCGUCCCUUGCUCUGGUGCUACAGGCGCCGGUCAGGGCUAUUUAUGGAUGGUGCACAAAACACCUGGAAGUGACACCUGGGAUUUGACAAUCAGGAGCCACAAAUUGUGGACGAUGUUAGCGGACAGUUUACGCGACCAAGGGUUGGAUCCUCAGGAAGUAUUGGGCUGGAAAAAAACAGGAAGCCUGUUAGUUGGUAGAACCCCUGAGGACUCCAUUGUGUUGAAGGCAAAGGUGAAGCAACUCGUAGAAGCUGGCUUAAGAGCAGAGUACUUAUCUGCAUGUGAGUUGCUCCUAAAGGAACCUGAACUUUUGGUUGGAAAUGAUGCUGGGGCUGUCUUUCUACCUGAUGAUUGCCAAUUGGAUGCUCAUCGUACUGUCUCUUACAUUGAGAAGGCUAACAGACAGUUUGCAUUAGAAGGUCGAUAUGCAGAGUUUUAUCAUGAACCAGUGACAGGUUUAUUAAGAUCUGACAACACUGGGGAGGUGGAAGCUGUUCAGACUUCAAAGAAUAUCUUGUACAGUAAAAAGGCCAUUAUAGUUGCAGCUGGUUGUUGGACUGGGUCUUUGAUGCAUGAACUUCUUAGAGAAUUAGACAUCAUGGUGGACCUCCCUAUAAAACCUCGGAAGGGUCACCUGCUUGUGCUUGAAAAUUUUAGUUCUCUUCAUUUAAAUCAUGGCCUAAUGGAGGUAGGUUAUAUUGAUUGUCAAGGUGUAACUUUGGAUCAUAAUACAACCGCUUCUAUACAUGAUGAGCAGAAGCAAAUGUUGUCUGUUGCGAUGACUGCCACAACGGAUACUAGGGGAAAUCUUCUUCUUGGAAGCAGCCGCCAAUUUGCAGGAUUUAGCACUGAAGUGGACGAGUCUGUAAUUCUUCAUAUAUGGAAGCGGGUUGGAGAGUUCUUUCCAAAAUUAAGAGAAGUUCCCCUCGAAGAUUUCAUUCAUAAGAGGAAAGUGAGAGUAGGAUUGCGCCCAUACAUGCCUGAUGGGAAACCAGUGAUUGGGCUUGUGCCUGGUUUGUCACAUGUGUUUCUGGCAACAGGGCAUGAAGGUGGAGGACUUUCUCUGGCUCUGGGGACGGCUGAAAUGGUUGUUGAUAUGGUGAUGGGAAAUCCACAGCAUGUUGAUAGAUCACCAUUUUCUCUUCAACAUCGGCAUUCUUGACAAAACAUGGCUACCAUCACAAUAUAUAUGACCAUUGACAAGUAGUUUUGCAAAUAUAUCUUGAGCUGCUGCUAGCAAAUCCAUUUUAAGAGCAUGUUCAAAGCUAUCAACAUUCUGGUACCUGAUUUUACUGUGAAAAGUCCUAUUGUAUCAGGAAACCCAGCAUCUGUUGACAUACGUUGUUUUUAAGUACCCGUCCUUCCUGGGCAUGGAUUUGAAAUGUUGCAUCUUUUAAUAAUCAAAAUGCAUGAAUUCUCAUGAUUUGCUAUCCAAUUUGACCUAUGUGCUUGAACAUGUCACAAAUUUUCAUUUGUAUAUAUAUUUAUAUAAUUCGAUGGUGAUGACAGUUAUGAGUUUA